UGGUUAUCUAAACAUUUAAUUUUUCUUUUAGAAUUAUUUGGAUAAAUCGGUAGUGCGGCAGUUUAUACAACUACGAGCAGAUUUUCGAUUUAUCAAGACCACAAACUAUCUCAAAGGCAUAAUGGAAUGAAUCCAAAACCCAACGAUGAUGUACACCAAUAUUUAUUAUUAAUAAACACUGUAAUCAAAAUAUAGCAUAAGUAAAAAUAACUAAACAAAUGUUACUUCAAACAAGAGGAAACUAGUUUGGAAGCAAUAGUAGCCAAUAAGAAGGAAAAAACAAAACAAAACCGUAAAGCAAUCAAUCAAUUCCUGUCAUUAAAAAUAGCUACCGAAGCAGGUGCAAAACUGUUGGCUAAUCAGCCCACUUUCGCCAGUUAUGUAUGGAGCGUUAUAUGUACAUUCUGCUGUGCUAAAAAAGAAAUAUUUUAUUACAUACUACCAUUCCUAAUUUGUGUGCAUUAUUAGUAGUUUGUGAAAAGCCAAAGCUAAACGUAUAAUCAUAGACAUCGACGAAAGCAACGAAAGUAGUAAACAAUGCGUUUAAAGUUUUUUUACUUUAUACUAUUAUAUCUCUACGAGAUGAUAUCGAUCGCAUUAACGGCUGGACGUUCGCUCGGUCUACAAUCUGCGUCAAAAGCAAUUUACAGGAAAUUUUUAAGCUUGCAUACUCUGCCCUUUGAAGACUGCGGUUCUCAUUAUGAUCUACUAUACGUCAGCGUUUCCAGCUGUUCUACGAUCCCUUGCCCAAUGUCGCGUGGUUCGACGGUAACAGUAAAAGUGAUUUUUGAUGAUAACGAAGAGGAUGUAGCAUUUCUAAAACAUAAGGUACGUUGGAUCUUCAACGCAGUCAAAACAGAUGCUGCUAUCACUCCAGAGUCUUGCGACGACAACGAUAAUUGUUUAAUUGACGAAAGCAAUGGAAAGUCUUAUAUUGCUGAAGUUUUCGUGAACAAUACUCUCCCCAAUAUACGUGGCACGAUGACUUGGAUGGCUGUAAACCAAAAUAAUCUUGAAGUAAUUUGCUUUAAAAUACCAGUUGUUAUUAUGUAAAUACCAAAUAAAUAAAUUCAAAAUUUGUGUAAUCUGAAAUAUAUGUACAUAUGUAUCGAUUUACUUAUAUGUAUUUAUGCCAUUGAUGUGCAUAUAUUUCAUUAUGUAUUUACGUGCAUGUAUUUUCUUUAUGUUUAUUUAUAGUUGCUUCCUCCGUAAAUAAUGGUAAUAAAUAUUCUCUUAAAUUU